AUGACUGUUGAGCAAGACUUCGUAGCUUUGGACCAGUUUCCGGUCGGAAUGAGAGUUCUUGCCGUUGACGAUGACCAGACUUGUCUUCGUAUCCUUGAAACAUUGCUUCAUCGUUGUCAAUACCAUGUUACAACGACGAACCAAGCACAAAAGGCUCUAGAGUUAUUGAGAGAGAACAAGAACAAGUUUGAUCUUGUUAUCAGUGAUGUUGACAUGCCUGACAUGGAUGGUUUCAAACUCCUUGAGCUUGUUGGUCUUGAAAUGGACCUACCUGUCAUUAUGUUAUCUGCGCAUAGUGAUCCAAAGUAUGUGAUGAAAGGAGUGACUCAUGGUGCUUGUGACUAUCUUUUGAAACCGGUUCGUAUAGAGGAGCUAAAGAACAUAUGGCAACAUGUGGUGAGAAGCAGAUUUGACAAGAACCGUGGGAGUAACAACGGUGAAAAGAGAUAUGGAUCAGGCAAUGAAGGUGUUGGAAACUCUGAUCAGAACAAUGGGAGAGCGAAUAGAAAACGUAAAGAUCAGUAUAACGAAGAUGAGGAUGACGAAAGAGAUGAUAACGAUGAUCCUUCAGCUCAAAAGAAGCCUCGUGUUGUUUGGACUGUUGAGCUUCAUAAGAAGUUUGUAGCAGCUGUUAACCAAUUGGGGUUUGAGAAGGCAAUGCCUAAGAAGAUUCUUGAUCUGAUGAAUGUUGAGAAGCUCACUAGAGAAAAUGUGGCUAGUCAUCUUCAGAAAUUCCGCCUUUACUUGAAGAGGAUCAGUGGUAACCAACAAGCUUUAAUGGCAAACUCUGACUUACACUUCUUGCAAAUGAGCUCUUCUCUCAAUGGACUUGACGGUUACAACCACCACAACCGCGUGAUCCCUGUUGGGAACGGUCAGUUCCAUAGUGGAGCUGCAGCGGCAGGGAUGAGACCUUUCCCUCCAAAUGGGAUUCUUGGCAGACUCAACACUCCUUCAGGGAUCGGUGUUGUUCGCAGCCUCUCUUCUCCUUCUCCAGGAGGAGGAAUGUUCUUGCAAAACCAGACGGAUCUUGGAAAGUUUCACCAUGUCUCUUCCCUUCCUCUUAACCACAGUGAUGGAGGAGGAAACAUUCUUCAGUGCUUGCCAAUGCCUUUAGAGUUCGACCAGCUUCAAACAAACAGAAACAUGAACAACAAGAUCAUCGCAGCGAACUCAAUGGCGUUUCCUAGCUUCUCUACAACACAGCAAAACUCUCUCAUGAAUGCUCCUAAUAACAAUCUACUGGUUCUUGAAGGUCAUCCACAAGCAUCUCCUUCAAGCUUCCCUGGACAUCAGAUCAAUAAACGUUUGGAGCAUUGGUCAAACGCUGUAUCCUCCUCCUCGUCGACUCUUCCACCUCCUCCUGGCCAAAACAGUAAUAUCAUCCAUCAUCAGUUCGAUGUCUCUCCAUUACCGCAUUCUUCGAAACCUGAUUCUUUGGAAUGGAACACGCACAAUGGCUCAUCAAGCUACUCUAUACCAUUCUGUGACUCUGCUGCCAUUACAUUGAGUCCAACCUUGGAUACAAAUCCUCGAGCUUUCUGCAGAAACACAGACUUCGAUUCAAAUGCAAAUGUGCAGCCAGGAGGAGGGUUCUAUGAUUCAAUGCAGACGAGGCAAGCAGGGAAUUAUGGUCCAGCAACGGAUGCUAUGUUGAGUAAUAAUCCAAAGGAAGGGUUCGUUGUUGGGCAGCAGAAGUUACAGAGUGGUUUCAUGGGUACAGAAGCUGGUUCUUUAGAUGAUAUUGUCAAUUCUACAAUGAAGCAGGAACAGAGUCAAGGAGAUUUGUCUGGAGGAGAUUUGGGAUAUGGAGGCUUUAGCUCACUAAGAACUUGCAUAUGA